AUGACCAACUACGGCACAAUCCCGACUUCCUCCGGCGGCGACAGCAGCUCCUCCUCGUCGUUCUCCAACAUCGCCUACAUCUCCCGCGCCGCCAAAGACCGAAUCAAAGACGGCCUCGGCACCCUCCGACCAUGGAAGUCGAUGCUCGACAUCCGCAGCUUCGGUCUCCCCCCGAAACAUAGCCAACACAAUCGGCCGCCUCAAGACGAAUUCAGCCUACUUCCGGAUGAACUACGCCGUAAUUGUUUUGGGGAUCUUGUUCCUCAGCCUCCUCUGGCACCCGAUCUCGCUAAUCGUCUACAUCGCCGCAAUGGCCGGCAGGCUUUUCCUCUACUUUCUCCGCUGCCGCUUCCCCUUCCCCUAAUCAUCCUCCAAAUCCAGAUUCGUAACACCCCAAUCCAGAUUCGCAAGAAAUGGUGGAUUUUCAGUGAAUCGUAG